AUGAAAUUGACUUUGGCAUUGAGCUCCCUUCUGGCCCUGCUUCCUUUGGCCACCGCCGAGCAACCCGCCUGGGCGCAAUGCGGAGGUAUAGGCUGGACAGGCGGCACUGUCUGUAUCUCUGGAUGGACAUGCGUGUGGCUCAAUGACUGGUACUCCCAGUGCUUACAGCCGACGACGAGCGCACCGGCGACCACAACGCCGAGCACGCCGACUACGUCGACAGUACCGACAACAGUACCAUCAGCCUCCCCCGGAUUGGAUGUGGUGGCGAAAUCCAAGGGGAAACUGUACUUCGGGUCCGCCACAGACAACGGAGAGCUCAACGAUGCGCCAUACGCUGCCAUUCUCAGCGACAACAAGGAAUUUGGCCAGAUUACACCUGGAAACAGCAUGAAAUGGGACGCGACAGAGAGGUCCCGGGGUGUCUUCACAUUCUCUGGUGGCGACGUUAUUGCUAACUUCGCUGCGGCCAAUGGGCAACUUCUGAGAGGGCACACAUGCGUGUGGCACAGCCAACUUCCCAGCUGGGUCACUGCAGGCAAUUUCAAUGCAGCCGACUUGACUAGCAUCAUCGAGACGCACACCACCACCGUGGUUGAUCACUACAAGGGACAAGUAACUUCGGUCUUCUACACAACCCUCGGCUCUUCAUACAUUGCCACCGCCUUCCACGCCGCUCGCGCCGCCGACCCCGACGCCAAGCUCUACAUCAACGAUUACAACAUAGACGGUCUCGGGGCCAAAUCAACCGCCAUGACCAACCUAGUCGCACAACUGAAGGCCGACGGCGUCCCAGUUGACGGCAUCGGCAUCCAGGGCCAUCUCAUCGUCGGUGCGGUCCCAAACAACUUGCAAGCCAACUUCGAGCAAUUCGCCGCGCUUGGUGUGGAGAUUGCUAUCACCGAACUGGACAUCCGCCUGACCUUGCCCGUAACACCGGAAAAACUCGCCCAGCAAAAGGCCGACUAUCAAAAGGUGAUCGCUGCGUGCGCGGCCGUCCCUGCGUGCGUUGGUGUUACCAUUUGGGACUGGACAGACAAGUACUCUUGGAUUCCAAGCGUAUUUAGUGGACAAGGCGCUGCGCUCCCUUGGGACGAGACUUUCGUGAAGAAGCCUGCAUACGACGGUAUCGUCGCAGGCUUUGGAGCCUAA